AUGAGGAACGAACAGGAGGCCAUCCAGAUCACCAGAGAAGUUAUAGAAGUACAUCGCAGAGGCGGAUUCGAGAUCCGUAACUGGUCGUCGAAUUCGGAAGAAGUGCUCGAAAGCUUGCAGGAUAAUGGCAACGUUGAAACCCAAAAGCCGGUGGAUUUUUGGGCAACAGAAAAGAUACUUGGCAUGUUCUGGGACCCACAUAAUGAUAUGUUCAAAUUUAUCUGCAGAUUUGCAAGGCUGAAGCGUGAUGUGCUGGCGGAAAACGUAGUCCCUACCAAGCGGGAAGUAUUACAAGUUUUGAUGUCGAUCUUCGAUCCAUUGGGAUUUUUAUCAUGCCAAACGAUCGGACUAAAGAUACUCCUCCAGUGUAUAUGGCGGCAAAAAAUUGAAUGGGAUCAAGAGCUACCUGAGAAGAUUCUAGAAGAAUGGCACCAAUGGAAAACCAUUUUGCAAGACAUAAGGACUUUCGAGGUCCCUAGAUGCUUUUCCCCAGCCACAUCGGAGCCAUGUCAAAUUGGACUCCAUACAUUCGUCGACGCCAGCGAGCAAGCAUAUUCUGCAGUCUGCUACUUGCGCGUGGCAACGGAUGACAGAGUCGUCGUAUCUUUGGUAAUGGCGAAAUCUAAGGUGGCACCUUUAAAACCACUUUCGAUUCCGGGUAUGGAGCUGCAGGCAGCAGUUAUGGGAGCACGCUUAGCCCAAAAGGUGAUGAGCACACGCAACCUACGAAUUGACAACGCCACAUACUGGUCGGACUCCAAGACAGUGUUGCAGUGGCUAACUAUGGACCCCCGCAACUUUCAUCAGUUCGUGAUGCACAGAGUCGCCGAAAUUCUGGAAACAACACUGGUCGAGCAAUGGCGGUGGAUUCCUUCAAAGCUGAACGUAGCAGAUGGAGCUACCAAGGUCACCGGGAAAACCCAACAAGAGACGUGGAUAACGGGCCCGGAGUUUCUGAAGACCGAUGCGAGCCACUGGCCAAUAUCCAAGAAGCAGGAGAGCAUCAACGAUACCUCGGAGAUCCGGAAGCAUGUGAUGACGACGCAUUCGAAAUCAGUGGUUAUGUUCAACGCGCACGAUUUCUUAAAUUGGCGGCGGUUAUACAGAGCAGUGGCGCUAGUACUCCUGUUCAUUGAUCGGCUGCGAGCGAAAUGUGACGGACGAGACAUGCCAGCAACCACGACAAUGGCUCAUGUAGGCAAGGCAAAGAUGCUGCUAUACAAGCAAUCUCAAUCCAUCGCCUUCGCAGCAGAACUAAAAAUGUUAUCCGCGGGAACGGCGCUCCUCAAGGGAAGCAGAUUGGCCGGAUUGAACGCGUACCUGGACAACGAUGGAGUACUACGAACAAGAGGCAGAUUGAACGCAGUUGACAUAGCUGAGGACGCCAUUAUACUAGCUCAUGGAUGCCGGAUAACCAACCUCAUAGUUAGGAGCUUCCACGAAAGUAUCACCAUCUCGCUCACGAAACUGUAA